CCAAUUCAGACGCAGCAGGUACCUUCUUUAAAAAAUUGGACUUUUCAAGUAAUUUUUGGAAGCCCUUGUACGUGUUCAUUCAACCAUUCCUGAAUUCAGGAGACUCACGAGCUUAUGAAUGAGAUCAUUUCACCAAACAUUUCCGACACACAGCCAAAUACCCGAGCUCGCAGAAAUCUUUUAACAGAGCAAAAUAAGGAUGUAGAAAGCAGAGUUCAAAAUCCCUUUGAGAUCGGAGCAAAUGUGGAGAUUUCAUCACAAGAUGACAAUACUUGUCAUAAAUGGUAUCCAGGAAAUGUGUUGGCAACAUAUUUGGUUGAUGGGGUUGAGAUGGUGAAAGUUGAGUACUUCGUCCCGUCUCUGGACGAAAAGAAGAGGAAAAGGAGUGUUGAGACACGUGUAUCAAUUGACAGAAUACGUCCUCAACCACCACCUGAGAGAUCUGGAGCGAAGAAAAGUUAUGAGCUAAUGCAGGACGUGGAGGCGUUCGACAAUGGUGCCUGGUGCGCUGGAAAAGUUAAAGUCAUUUUGUUUGAUGGCUCGUGUUUUGUCUCUUUGAACAAUUCUAAAGAACAAAUUUACUUCCACCAUUCUGAGAUGCGAAAACCAAGAAAAUGGGUAGAUGGUGUUUGGGAGAUGACAAAAAAGAUGGAAGAAGAGCAGACGCAGAGUGUGAAUCCAAGUGAAGGAGAUGGUGAUAAAAAGGUAUGAAAUAUUUAUACAUCAUACUAGGAAUUAAGAUAUAAAUGUAUCUGAAUUUUUGUCAUUCAAAAAGGGGAAGGCGAAGGCUGUCGCUUGUAAGAAAAAUGAAGCAGCUGGUCCAUCAGAAGAUGGU